AUGGCGAACCUCUCGAGCCUUGUGCACGAGCUCCGGCAACGUGUUGCAGGCUCUUCUUCCAACGAACACGACGACGUUCUGGAGGCGCGGUUCCGCUCCGUCAUCCCCAACCUCCUCCAUUCUUUCGUCGUCCCCUCAUCAGGCAAGGAUAAAGAAGCGGCGGCGGUGUUGACGUUAUUGGCUCUUACUGCCAAGGUUUUUCCCGGCGUUUUCUACCACGGCAAGGCCGCUGCUGUGCUGCCUCUUAUUGGUCGGACAUUGCCUUUCUUUGCCGAACCUUCAUUUCGGUCUCGACAUGGGGUCCUAUUUGAGACAAUUGGCUCCCUUUUGUCAUUGCUUCGAACUGGGGACCGAGAUUCAUAUCGCCUCUUCUUCAUGGACACCAUGUUACUUGUUCAAGAUCUUCUGUACGUAUGCUCUGUAUGUGAUAAAGCACCGUCGACAGGGUUGGAGAGAGUAUGUAUAAAAUGCUUCUCUGUAUCCUUUUCUGGAGCUUGUGGCGAGAAUGCCCUUCUUUGUGAUUUACCAGCAUUCAUCAGACCAGCGGAUGGGUAUGGCAUUUUGAUUGAUGUCACUGGCAGAGACAGAUGGCAGCCUUUCGCUGCAUCUGCCAUCAAGUUACUGUGUAAAUGCUUAACUGAAGGAACUUUAUAUGUUGAAGGCCUUAUCCAUUCAUCGUUUGUUUGGGGUACCUGCUCCCUUUUGUGUUAUGGAGACGCUGAUUUGCAUAUUGCAUGUUUUGACUUCAUAUGCCUAAUUGGAGCAGUCAUAGAUCAUGACAUCCUUCCGGCUGAAAGGAUAAUACAGUCAGUAGCUGUCAUUCUGGAUGGACCGUCGACUUAUAGAAGUUCAGCUUAUUACUCUUCUUUGGCUCGAUGCAUUCGUGCUUUAUACUCCAGCUCUUCAGAUGAUAUUGUCAGGUCAACAGCUGCAACUUUUGUAAAUGUCUUUCAUGAGUCAAUGCUGAAGACCAAUAGCGAGGAGCUAAUGGCUGCUUUAUGCAGUGCAUAUGUUAGGAUCGCUAAAUGUUGUCCCCCUCAUGUCUGGAGGCCAGAGAAUCUUAUCUAUUUGCUUUGCUCAACCACGUCCAAGUCUCAUAUGAUGGAAUGCAUUCAAGUUGCCAUCUCUAGACUCGGUCCUUACUUUGAGAGAAGAAAUGAGGACCUCGUUUUGUCAACCUCGGAAAGUGGCAAAAAUGAGAACUUUAGAAUUAGAGAGAAAAGACCAGCUCUGGACCUUGAUCCUCCUAAUUCAAAGCGUCCAAAGAUAGUGGAAAAGCCGGCGGAUUUUAUGAUAAAUCCUCCGCUUAUGACCGAGAAAUUCACAUGUUCAGGAGAUAGAGAAUAUGCUGAUCAUAUGUCCACCUCUUUGAACCAUUUUGUGGAAGAUCUGAUACCUCCUUGUGAGGAAACUAAGUUACUGAAGCCAGAAGUGGCUUUGACUGCUCUUAGUACUCUGUGCAUCAUAUUUUGUGACUAUCCACACCUGAAUAUCUCAUCGUCUAUUUUUAAGCAGUUUCAAAAGUGGAUACCCUGGAUAUCAGAGCAGGUCAAGAAAGAAUUGUUCCUUAACAUUGACUUAUCCUUCUUUUUAGAGGCAGUUCACUUCAUAUUGCUCACUCAAGGGUCCCUUCCUUCAGAGAGAAAGCUUAUUAAUUGGGAUGAUGAUUCAUCAGAAUCCCUAUAUUCGAUUCUGAAGCGUCCAUGGACGAAUUCUCUUGCAAUUUAUCCCAAUCCUCCACGGGAUGCAAAAUACCUCUCUUUGCUGGUUUUGUCAAAGAUUGGCUUUCCAAAGAUAGAAAAUUAUCUUGAUAUCCUAGACUCGAGCCUUCUUGAUGAAGUAAAAGAGGUUAGAUGUGAAGCUGUCACGUGUAUGCCAGUGAUUGUGUUUUGGUCUGGAUUUAGCUUGCUGACACAAAUGUUCAAGAGGCUCAAGGAAUUAGAGUUUGAGAGUAUAUAUCAUACUAAUAAGAUUGUUCCUCUCUCCCUUGGUGCCCUGGCCUGUCUAUAUGGUUCUUGUCUUGGUGUAGGAACACAGUCAGAAAGUGAUUGCAGACUGUUCUUGAACCUAGGGAGCUGUGGAAAGAAACCAAGUGUGGAUAAUCUAUUGGGAGGAUUCAGGUGUUCAAAGUGUGAUACUGGAGUUAUGCUGAAUGAGGGGGUUUAUAAAACCGCUGUCCACCCCCCUGGUUGUCGAAGCUCUGAGCUAGUUUUGGAUUGUGAUUUUUAUUGUUUACAGUCUUGGUUUUUUGAUCUGCUUUACAAUGGAUCAUCCGAAGAUGUUCGAGUGGCUUGUGUAGGGAUUAUUCGGAGAAUCUUACUCCAUGGAACUUCUGAUGUGUUGCAGAGGGCGAAAGAGGAGUGGAUGAAGUGUGUUGACUUCCUGUUGGUCCACAGGGAAAAAGCUGUGAGAGAAGCAUUUUGCACACAGAUUAGCUUUUUCCUUGAGGAGCCUAUUUUGAACUGUUUAAUUUUGGAUUCGGAGUCCACAAAUAAAACAAAAGAAGAGCGAUUCAUGGACAAAAUUAAACAUCCUUUGGCGACAAUUGAUGAUCCCUCAGUCUGCGAGACUCUUUUAGAAGCUACAGCAAAGAUUAUGGAUACCGCAAAUGUUGAGAGUCAACUCUUUUUGUUUUCUCUUACUUUAUUGAUUGAUCAACUUGAUAAUCCUUAUGUGAGCGUGAGAGUAACCGCUUCUACUUUGAUAAGUAGAUCUGACCAUCUUCGCCAUAAUGGAGGACUGAAUGCAGUCCUUUGUAAAGUUCUUAAUAUUAGGAACGAGUUAUAUCAUUAUCUAUCUGCUAGGCUGGUAACCCGUCCAAAAAUGAUUGAGGAGUUUGCAACAGCUGUGCUUUGUGUUGAAACUGAUGAGCUUGUCAACCGUAUAAUUCCUGUUGUUCUUCCAAAGCUUGUUAUCACUGUGCGCGAUAAUGAUCAAGCAAUCAUCGUUCUACGAGAGAUGGCCAAACAUCUGAAGAUGGAUAUGGUGCAACUUAUAGUUCUUUGGCUGCCUAAAGUGCUUGCUUUUGCUCUCAACCAAGCUGACGAGGAAGAUUUACGCUUGGCGUUACAGUUUUACCAUGAACAGACUGGAUCUGACCACAAAGAGAUAUUUGCUGCUGCGCUACCUGCACUUUUGGAUGAACUUGUAUGCUUUACUGACGAAAAAGAUUCAAAAGAGAUUUGCAAAAGGUUGACGAGUGUGCCUCAGAUGAUAGGAAAAGUUGCUAAAAUUUUAACAAGUAAUGAAGACCUUCCAGGAUUCUUGAGAAAUCACUUUGUCGGUCUCCUUAAUAGCAUUGACAGGAAAAUGCUUCAUGCAAAGGAUGUGUUGCUGCAAAAACAGGCCAUCAAACGCAUACAGAUGCUAAUAAAUAUGAUGGGGGCACACCUUCGGACUUAUGUGCCUAAACUCAUGGUUCUUCUCAUGCAUGCAAUUGAGAAAGAGCAUCUCCAAGGGGAAGGUCUCUCGGUCUUGCAUGAUUUUAUCAAGCAACUGGCAAAAAUAACACCCUCUAGUACUAAGCAUGUUAUUUGUCAAGUGUUUGCUGCUCUUGUCCCCUUCUUAGAGAGUGAAAAAGAGAAUUUUUCUCCUCAUUUUGCCAAGAUUGUGGAGAUUUUGGAAGAACUUGUGCUUCAGAAUACUAUGAUUUUAAAACAACAUGUGCAUGAGUUCCCUCCAUUACCAAAAGUUCCAGCGCUGGCAGAAUUGAACAAGGUUAUCCAAGAAGCGCGGGGAUCGAUGACUUUGAAGGAACAGCUUCUUGAUUUUGCUAAUGGGUUGAAUCAUGAAAAUUUGAAUGUUAGAUACAUGGUAGCAUCUGAGCUAAUUAAAUUGUUGAACUCUAGAAGGGAUGAUGUCACAACUUUGCUCCUUAAGGAAGGUGAUGAUAAUAUGAAUGUAUUGAGUUCUUUAAUUUCAUCCCUUUUAAAGGGGUGUGCUGAAGAGUCAAGGACUUCUGUCGGACAGAAGCUGAAGGUAAUUUGUGCUGACUGCCUUGGGGCUAUUGGAGCAGUGGAUCCUGCCAAAGUUAGAAAUUCUUCUAGUACACGUUUCAAAAUUGCAUGUUCUGAUGAUGACUUAAUAUUUGAGUUAAUCCAUAAGCAUCUAGCUAGGGCCUUUAGAGCUGCUCCAGACACAACUGUGCAAGAUUUAGCUGCAUUGGCUAUACAGGAGCUUUUAAAGAUUGCCGGUUGCGAGGCGUCACUUGAUCAAAAUGCUACUAUUUCCCUCUCACAGACCAUGAAGAGGGAGACUCGAAAAGUCCCAGCAUCUUCAUUGAAACAUGCAGCAAAUUGCUCAGAAACUUAUGAUAGGGGUCAAAGACUCUGGGAUCGUUUCUCUGAUUAUGUUAAAGAGAUAAUAGCCCCUUGCUUAACCUCAAGAUUCCAGCUACCAGAUAUUUCAGAUUCUUCAUCUUCUGGUCCCAUUUAUCGUCCUUCUAUGUCUUUCAGAAAGUGGAUAUCCUCUUGGAUCAAGAAACUGACUCUGCAUGCAGUGGGUUCUCGGGCGAGCAUUUUCAAUUCCUGUCGAGGUAUUGUCCGUCAUGAUAUGCAAAUAGCAGUGUAUCUGUUGCCUUACUUAGUCCUGAAUGCAGUUUGUCAUGGUAGUGAGGAAGCACGCUGUGGUAUAACAGAAGAAAUUCUUUCUGUUCUUCAAGCAGCAGCUUCAGGGCGUAGUUCUGUUGCUGCACAUUGCACUAAUACUGGUCAAAGUGAAGUCUGUAUUCAAGCUGUUUUUACGCUUCUUGAUAAUCUUGGUCAGUGGGUUGAUGAUAUUGAACAGGAGCUCGCCCUUUCCCAGUCUACGCAGCUACCCAAUUCGAAGAUGGGGGGCCCAAAGUCAAAAGAAAGUGAUGCGCAUGUUUUCAAGCAAACUGACCAGGUGCUUACACAAUGUAGGCAUGUUUCAGAGCUACUUGCUGCAAUUCCUAAAGUAACACUGGCUAAAGCCUCUUUCAGGUGUCAGGCUUUUGCCAGGUCUUUGUUGUACUUUGAGUGUCAUGUUCAGGAGAAAUCAGGAUCUUUCAACCCAGCUGCUGAAAGAAGUGGCAUCUUUGAGGAUGAAGAUAUAUCGUUUUUAAUGGAAAUAUACAGCAAUCUGGAUGAGCCUGAUGGCUUAUCAGGUUUGGCUUGUUUACGAAAAUUGAAGAGCAUACAAGAUCAUCUGCUGAUAAAUAAGAAAGCUGGCAACUGGGCAGAAGUUUUAACUUCUUGUGAGCAAUCGUUGCAGAUGGAACCGACAUCUGUCAGCAGUCACUCAGACGUCCUUAAUUGCUUGUUAAAUAUGUGCCAUUUACAAACAAUGGUAACUCAUGUAGACGGUUUGAUAUCCAGAAUCCCUCAGUACAAGAAGACAUGGUGUAUGCAAGGUGUUCAAGCAGCAUGGAGGCUUGGUAGAUGGGACUUGAUGGAUGAGUAUCUCAGUGGGGCUGAUGAAGAGGGUAAGGUCUGUAGUAGCGCUGAGUGUAAUGCUUCAUUUGAUAUGGAUGUUGCAAAGAUUCUCCAGACGAUAAUGAGGAAAGAUGAACCCUCAACUCGUAGAAGAAUAGCAUUGUCGAAACAUGCUCUAAUCGCUCCUCUUGCCGCUGCUGGUAUGGAUUCUUACGCAAGGGCCUACCCAUUUGCUGUAAAGCUUCAUAUGCUUCAAGAGCUAGAAGAUUUCAAUUUCCUGCUUGCUGGUGACUCUUUCCUAGAGAAACAGUUGAAGCUUGGUGAUCCGGAGUUCUCUAAAGUAAUAGCAAACUGGGAAAAUCGGAUGAAACUCACCCAACCAUCUCUCUGGGCUCGGGAACCACUUCUGGCUUUUAGAAGGCUUGUUUUUGAGGCUAGUGGUCUUGGUGCUCAAGCAGGAAAAUGCUGGGUGCAAUAUGCAAAACUCUGUCGCUCGGCUGGUCACUAUGAGACUGCAAAUCGAGCAAUCAUGGAAGCUAGAGCUUCAGGUGCACCAAAUGUUCACAUGGAAAAAGCAAAGCUUCUAUGGAGCACAAAGCGAACUGAUGGAGCGAUUGCUGAACUGCAACAAUCCCUUCUUAACUUGCCUGUGGAGGUUGUUGGCUCGGCCGCAGUGUCCUCCAUCACCAGCCUCUCCUUGGUUCCUUUGAACCCACAACCUUCGUAUUCUGGUGCUCAGUCUUUGAAUGAGAAUGAGGAUAUUGCUAGGACCCUCCUCCUUUAUUCAAGAUGGACCCACUACACUGGCCAAAAGCAAAAGCAGGAUGUGAUUAGUCUUUAUUCAAGGGUAAAGGAGCUGCAGCCAAAAUGGGAGAAGGGAUAUUUUUACAUGGCUAAAUAUUCCGACGAAGUGCUUGUUGAUGCCAGGAAACGGCAGGAGAAAUAUUUUGAUAAACCUAGGGUGGGUUCCUCUUCUACAACUUCAGAUUCUGAAAAGAGAUGGUGGUUCAAUCUUCCUGAUGUGUUGCUGUCGUAUGCGAAAGGGCUACAUAGAGGUCACAAGUAUCUUUUCCAGGCUCUUCCAAGAUUGCUUACUCUGUGGUUUGAGUUUGGGUGUAUAUAUAGUAGAAGUGACUUAUCGUCCAACAAAGAUAUGAAGCAUGUACAUGUGAAGGUCAUGAACAUCAUGCGAGGAUGUUUAAAGGAUUUGCCUACUUAUCAAUGGUUGGCUGUUCUGUCCCAAUUAGUUUCUAGAAUUUGUCACCAAAAUGAGGAAAUUGUCCGUUUGGUGAAACAUAUUAUUACUUCUGUUCUUCGGCAGUACCCACAGCAAGCCCUUUGGACAAUGGCAGCUGUUACAAAAUCCACAGUGUCUUCCAGGAGGGAUGCUGCUGCAGAGAUUUUACAAGCUGCAAAAAGAGAAGGGAAGCAUGGUGCUACCAAUUCUUUGUUUUUGCAGUUUGCUUCUAUGAUUGAUCAUUUAAUUAGGUUAUGCUUCCAUGCUGGACAAGCAAGGGCAAAAACCAUCAAUAUCUCGACUGAAUUUAGCGCCUUGAAGAGGAUGAUGCCUGUGGAAGUUAUCAUGCCAACCCAACAAUCAUUGGCCGUUAAUCUACCUUCAUGUGAUUUCAAUGCGACAAUCCCGGACAUAUCUGAUACUUUAGCAUCCACAGAUCUUCCUACAAUUUCUGGAAUUGCAGAUGAGGCUGAAAUUCUUUCCUCACUUCAACGACCAAAGAAGGUAGUUCUUUUGGGCAGUGAUGGUUCUGAACGUCCGUUUCUCUGCAAGCCAAAGGAUGACCUCAGAAAAGAUGCACGUAUGAUGGAGUUCAAUGCAAUGAUUAACCGUUUGCUGUCCAAAAACCCUGAAAGCCGUAAGAGAAAGCUUUACAUUCGCACCUUUGCUGUGGUUCCACUGACAGAAGAUUGUGGGAUGGUUGAGUGGGUGCCUCACACUCGCGGACUACGACAUAUACUCCAAGAUAUUUACAUGAGCUGUGGAAAAUUUGAUAAGCAGAAGACAAAUCCUCAAAUUAAGCGCAUCUAUGAUCAAUGCCAGGGGAAAAUGCCAGAAGAAGAAAUGCUAAAGUACAAAAUCCUGCCAAUGUUCCCUCCAGUUUUCCAUAAAUGGUUUCUCAACACGUUUUCUGAACCUGCUGCUUGGUUCAGGGCCCGAGUCGCUUAUGCCCACACUACUGCUGUGUGGUCUAUGGUGGGACAUAUAGUGGGCCUUGGUGACCGUCAUGGGGAGAAUAUAUUAUUUGACUCGACUACAGGAGACUGUGUUCAUGUUGACUUUAGUUGUUUAUUUGACAAAGGCUUGCAGUUGGAGAAACCUGAGCUCGUGCCUUUCAGGCUAACACAGAACAUCAUUGAUGGAUUGGGCAUUACUGGAUAUGAGGGCAUCUUCUUGAGGGUCUGCGAGAUCACCCUUUCAGUAUUGAGGACACACAGGGAGACCUUAAUGAAUGUUCUUGAGACUUUCAUCCAUGAUCCACUAGUGGAAUGGACAAAACAUCACAAGUCUAGUGGUGUAGAAGUUCAAAACCCCCAUGCACAGCGAGCCAUCAGUAACAUUGAAGCGCGCUUACAAGGAGUGGUUGUUGGUGUUGGAGCUGCGCCAUCAUUGCCACUGGCUGUAGAAGGGCAAGCUCGUCGAUUGGUUGCAGAAGCGGUUGCACACAAAAACCUUGGGAAGAUGUAUAUAUGGUGGAUGCCUUGGUUUUGA